GCAUUUAGGCCUGCUAGGGCGCCCGAGAGGUUCGCGACUGUGUUGCCGGCGUUUUCUUUGGCAGGUGCCAGGGCUGGUGGGAGCAGCCGCCCGAGGAAAGCACCAUGAUUUCGGCUGCGCAAUUGUUGGAUGAGUUAAUGGGCAGGGACCGAAACCUCGCCCCGGAUGAGAAGCGCAGCAACGUGCGGUGGGACCACGAGAGCGUUUGUAAAUACUACCUCUGUGGUUUUUGUCCUGCAGAAUUGUUCACAAACACUCGUUCUGAUCUUGGACCAUGUGAAAAAAUUCAUGAUGAAAAUCUACGAAAACAGUAUGAGAAGAGUUCUCGUUUUAUGAAAGUUGGCUAUGAGAGAGAUUUUUUGCGAUACUUACAGAGUUUACUGGCAGAAGUAGAACGUAGAAUUAGACGAGGCCAUGCUCGUUUGGCAUUAUCUCAAAACCAGCAGUCGUCUGGGGCAGCUGGUCCAACAGGCAAAAAUGAAGAAAAAAUUCAGGUUCUAACAGAUAAAAUUGAUGUACUCCUGCAGCAGAUUGAAGAAUUAGGAUCUGAAGGAAAAGUAGAAGAAGCCCAGGGAAUGAUGAAAUUAGUUGAACAGUUAAAAGAAGAGAGGGAGUUGCUUAGGUCCACAACUUCGACAAUUGAAAGUUUUGCUGCCCAAGAAAAACAAAUGGAAGUUUGUGAAGUGUGUGGAGCCUUUUUGAUAGUGGGGGAUGCCCAGUCCCGGGUAGAUGAUCAUUUGAUGGGAAAACAGCACAUGGGCUACGCCAAGAUUAAAGCUACUGUAGAAGAAUUAAAAGAAAAAUUAAGAAAAAGAACUGAAGAACCUGAUCGUGAUGAGCGUUUGAAAAAGGAGAAGCAAGAACGAGAAGAAAGAGAAAAAGAAAGGGAGAGGGAAAGAGAAGAGAGAGAGAGGAAAAGACGAAGAGAAGAGGAAGAAAGAGAAAAAGAAAGAGCUCGAGACAGAGAAAGAAGAAAGAGGAGUCGAUCACGAAGUAGGCAUUCAAGCCGAACUUCUGACCGAAGAUGCAGCAGGUCUCGGGACCACAAAAGAUCACGAAGUAGAGAGAGAAGGCGAAGCAGAAGUAGAGAUCGACGAAGAAGCAGAAGCCACGAUAGAUCAGAAAGAAAGCAUAGAUCUCGUAGUCGGGAUCGAAGAAGAUCAAAAAGCAGAGAUCGAAAGUCAUAUAAGCACCGGAGCAAAAGUCGAGACAGAGAACAAGAUAGAAAAUCGAAGGAGAAAGAAAAGAGGGGAUCUGAUGAUAAAAAAAGUAGUGUGAAGUCCAGUAGUCGAGAAAAGCAGAGUGAAGACACAAACACUGAAUCAAAGGAAAGUGAUACUAAGAAUGAGGUCAAUGGGACCAGUGAAGACAUUAAAUCUGAAGUGCAGCGUAAGUAUGCACAGAUGAAGAUGGAACUAAGCCGAGUAAGAAGACAUACAAAAGCAUCUUCUGAAGGAAAAGACAGUGUAGUCCUGCAAAACAUUUUGAGGUACAUUGUUUUGUCUCAGCUAUUUUGUAGCAGACUCGUGCCCCCCGUUAGUGUGCCUCUUUGCAAAUUAUUGCCCACGUUUGUAAUAUAGUCGCCAUUGAAAAGUUAAUUAUCCUUUUUUUAGGGAUUUUGCUGUCAUUUCUUGUUUUUUUUUUCUUUUUUUAAUAAAAAGGUUGAACUGUUUUUUAUUUUUUUUCUUUUUGGUAUUAAGUCCAUCUUGUGUUGGUACAUUGGCAGAGACAUAUGCUUUAAAACUUAAAUAUUUCUGAGGCACAUGUUGGACUACUUUGUUUUAAUUAAACUGCUAGUAUUUCUUUGUCAAGGAUGUUUCUAGUUUUUUGCUUUAUUGCCUUGCAUUCUAAUGCAGUUUGUUCUGUAACUCGAGAGCCAGUAGCAUUGGAUUGAUGGAAGUGUAGGGUUUAUGAAUUAUUGCAGCUGACUACCAUACCUCACACAGCGUUGGUGUUGUGAGCGGCCCAUGAAAAGCCAAAUUAAAAAUCAAGGAUUCAGUCAAACUAAGCAGGUACUCAUGCCAGGUACUCCUUUCUCUACCCACAUCCAUGUUUGAAUGCUAUUGCCUGUGAUCUUUACGCUUAACUGUUGUGUAUCUUUUUGUUCUUUACAAGAAGCACAGAGGGGUUUUUUUGUGUAUUGCGUGAAAACUUAUAAUCAGACGUUAACAGAAUGGAAUUUUUUUUCAACUGUGUGUAGGGAUGCAGUGGUGCCCAGAAUUAGAUAUCUUAAAAGAAUUUUAAAUACAAUAAACACUUCAUAUUAUUCGCCUUGUUACAUUCAAUGCAAUUCUCAAGUCUUUAAGAGGUAUGUUGUGUUUAAUAUUUCCUACUGUGUAGGAGAAUUUGCAGUCAGCCAUAGGUAUAUUAGGAAUAAUCACUGGCUGAUACAUUUAAAGCAGCAGUGAGUAGCAAGGACAGACACCUUUAAACAGAAACACAAAGAACUGAUGAACCAUGUAGAAUGAAUUUGAGCUUUUAAAGAACUGUUAAAAGUCAGUCUUUAUGAGGGUUCUUUAAAGCUGUAAACUGUUCAUUCUUUGGGCUAGUGGCAUGGGAUUAAAUAUUCCUAAUGAAAGGAAGUACCAAUUAGUUGAAUUAUUGAUGACCUUCCUUUUCUAGGAUAGCAAUAUAGUGUUAUAUUUGUGUGAGCCAUUCACAUAGAGGCAAGCAUACACAGGCACAUGGUUUUAAAAAACCACACUGAUGCCUUGAUAAUUGAAAAGAAUACAAACAUUCCAUAUACAUAUAUUAAUUAGCAGUUAGUGACUGGGCCACUUAGUCAUGAAAAUUUGCCUUAUACAUGUUGUCUAAUUAUCAUUUUUCCGCAAAUUUUGCUUUGUAGGAAUACUGUUGGAAGAUUUUUGGAAGAAAACUGAAAACGGCAUAAAGUGAAGAUCGACAUUAAAAUGAGGUGAAAGAAAACUAUAGUGGCAUAGAAAAAGUAUAAAGCUCGGUUAGUUUUUUUUUUAUUAUUAUUAUUAAAAAUUAAUUCAGGACUGAUGUGACCUAUCAGAUUUCAGAACAUGUAUUAAUAGCAUAUAUAUGCCACUGAAAACUUAGGUCCUGUAUCAUAUCUUUUUCUUUAAGACUUUUUAAGAAAUAUUACCUAAACAUGUGGCUUGCUCAGUGUUUAAUUGCAAGUUUUCAUUCUUGGGACUUUGAAAACGAGAUUAAACGUUAAUAUUUGUGUGAAUCAGACUAAGUGGGAUUUCAUUUUUACAACUCUGCUAGCCUUU